AUUUGCCAAUCCGAUGCGCGACAGAAGCCCUCGCUGUCACACGAAAUGGAAUCAUAGACGGUAUGAAUGUAUUGAUAACUCGCUCGCGGGUGUAAAUCCGGUGUUUGCUUUUGUUUAUUUUGAUCUGGACGAGAGGCACUUCUAUUUGUUCGCUCUGUUUGGGAGACAACUGCUCGACAAUUCUUGUCUUACCUUUGGAAUUCCGGGCGAUAUUGAGGAGGCGCAGUCCGCCAGAAAUUACGCACCGGACAACAUGAUUUUGAAACAUUUAGAUUUUCUCUUGGUUCUACGAUACUUUAUUCAUUUGGUCGCACUAGAGGUUGCAGCUGAGAAAGCUCUCCCUGAGCCGCUCAACCUGUCAUUGACGUGGGAGUCUGAAUUCCGUAUAAAGCUGUCGUGGAACGCACCAAAUAAUUUAUACGCGCCAUGCAAGGUGAACUACAUGAUCACUACAACGAUCGGAGAGGAGAAGCCCAUAUUAAUGUCAACUUUCAGCUUGUAUAAAGAGUACAAUGUCACUAAGAAUGAUGCAGUGAAUUACACAGUGCAAACAAACCCCAAACACUGUACAGGCAGAACCAUAAGCAAACCUGUCAGCAUCUCUAAACCUAAACCCACAGAGUUGGUGAAGAACUUCCAGUGUUCCCUCUACUCCUCUAAGGCCAUGAACUGCAGCUGGCUCCCAGCCAAUCAGGCCUCAGACCUCCAGCUCUACUAUGGGUACCUUGGUCCCUCCCACAUAGCAGCAUGCAGUGAGUACCAGUACAGAGAUGGUCAGAGGACAGGAUGUCACCUGAGAGGAUCCUUCCUUCAAUAUGACGUCUACUUCAAGGUCAAUGGGACUCUCGAUGGCUUAUCUGUACAGAAUAACUUCCUGGUGCUUCCUAAAAAUCAUGUCAAGGCCCCGGCCCCUAAGGUGAAGAUAACAGAGACAGGAAGGAAUCUCAUCCUGAGCUGGGACCCUCCGGACAUAGGCGCUGUCCACUGCUGGAAGUACAUCUUUAACUACAGCAAGUGUCAACUGCUCGUGGAUAGUAAAGCAAUACAAUUUAAACAUGUGAUGGUUUCAUAUGACGAGACAUGCCAGUACAGAGUCAAGCUUAAAGCAGUCUAUACGGAAUGGUGUGGGGAGGGAGGCAGCGACUGGAGCGAAGAGGAAAUCUAUGGUGUGGAUGAUUGGUCGAUGACUGUGUUUGCUGUCGUCAUUCCAGCUGUAGUCUUCUUAUUCCUCAUCCUUUUAAUUUGUUGUUUUAUGAAGCACAGAGAGAAGGUUUUCCCCACGAUUCCACAUCCCUCACUGGUUUUCAAGGACAUGCUGAACAGCAAUAAGGGACUGAAGAGCUCCAUAGGCAAUCUCUAUGUCCCGGAUGAGGAGGAGGUGGAAUGUAAGAUCAGCCUAGAGAAAGACUAUACUCUUCCCAUGAUGCAGCCUGAUCACUGAGAGACUACACACUGACCCAGUAGUGAUUAUGACUGUACAGACAGAUACAGCAACAACCUGACCCGGUAUGACCUGGGAGCCAAGUGACUUCAGUGUCAUUGACCGGCCCUCAAAGUAAGCUAUCUUAAGGUGGACCCUAACUGUACUGCUGAAGAGUGUCAGGAGUUGGAGCUCCACAGUCGAUGGACGACCUUAACGAGUUGGAUACAGACUGAGAGUAUGUGGACUAUGGACUAUGGAAAUGCCUUUUCUUUUGUUUGUCCUGGAACUGUCAGGACUUAUCGACUCACUGACUCCUGUAUUGUUCCGGAUUGUGUGUGUGUGUGUGUGUGUGUGUGUGUGUGUGUGUGUGUGUGUGUGUGUGUGUGUGUGUGUGUGUGUGUGUGUGUGUGUGUGUGUGUGUGUGCGCCUGCGUGUGUAGACAGAUACUAAGAACUGUUCUCAUGUACCCCUUGCAACCCAAGGCUCGGGGUCUUAGGUCAAAUGUCAGAGGUUAUCAGAAAGCCAGUGCAGGAAACGAGGAGGGGCUGGACUCCUAAACCUCACUCCCUGACCAAAUAGGACAUUGGUGGCAGUGCCCGAAGAGAUGCGCAGGCAGCACCACAGUCUUUAUCUGACUGAUCAACCCGGUUGAUCAUGUAAUUAUUUAGGGGACAAAGAGGUACUUGAAGCUGUGAACCUCUGUGAAAUGAGUGCACUACCUGUGCCAUAAAAGGCCAGAGCUCUAGGCAGGGACUUUAGGGCAUUGACAUACAGGUAGUUGUGUCCCAAAUGGCUCCCUAUUCACUACAUGUAUAGUGUGUUACUUUUGUCCAGGGCCCAUAGGGCUCUGGUCAAAAGUAGUGCACUAUGUAGGGAACAGAGUGCCAUUUGGGAUGCAGAUGCCUAUCAAGGGCUAUAUGCUGCUAAUGUGAGCUAGAUUGUUGUGACUCUAUUGUUAUCAACCUGCAUUGCUAUGUGUAAAUAGGUUGUGCAGGUGUAUCUAUAGUAUGUACAAAUGUUGGUGAAAUAUAUACAGUGCCUUGCGAAAGUAUUCGGCCCCCUUGAACCUUGCGACCUUUUGCCACACGCCCAAUUUUUCAGUUUUUGAUUUGUUAAAAAAGUUUGAAAUAUCCAAUAAAUGUCGUUCCACUUCAUGAUUGUGUCCCACUUGUUGUUGAUUCUUCACAAAAAAAUACAGUUUUAUAUCUUUAUGUUUGAAGCCUGAAAUGUGGCAAAAGGUCGCAAAGUUCAAGGGGGCCGAAUACUUUCGCAAGGCACUGUAUUUAGAGUUUUGUGAGUUAAGGAAAUGUUUUGUGCAACACCUAUUUUUAUUUAUAUAUUUUUUUAAAUUUCACAUUCUGUCUUAUGGAACCUUAUUCUUCUGCAUUAAUGAUUCAUUGAUAUCACCACACACACUCACUCAUUGAGUAUCAUUCACAUCACACCUCCAUACAUGCAGAGACUCUUCCUUGGUAAGAUCGCCAAGUCCUUUUUAACAACCUGGAAGGAGAAACGUACUUUGUAGAGGACCUGCUGAACAGCUUAAACCUGUUAUCUGGUCUGUUCCGAACUAGAGAUAAGUGUAACAAUGUUCCCAGACGAACCAAUGCGCAUGUCAAGCAAGGCCUCGUGUACCUGCUAAUCUAUGAUGAGAAUCAAUCCAGAGUGUAGGUGUUGAGAGAAUAAAUCCAUCAACAAAUAACUGAG